AUGCAGCUCAUACCCUCAAGAGUUGCGCUUCACGCGCUACGGAACCUCACCCGCCCCUGCACCACCUCCUCAAGAACAUUAAGCACAAGCAGCAGGGUAACCUCAACCCUGAAAUUCCGAACCACAGCCUCUAUAUACCGCAAACCCAACAUCCUCUUCCUCCCAGCAUCCCAACGGUCAUUCACGACCUCUCCCAUUCUCAGCACAACACUGAACCAGGUCCGCUGCCACGGCCGCAAACCCAAGAAAGCGCGUCGACAAGAUUCGCCGGCGCUGCGCAACCGUCCGGAAAUGAAAGGCGUGUGCUUGAAAGUCGGUAUCACGAAGCCCAAGAAACCCAACUCCGGGCAGCGGAAAACCGCAAAGGUUAGAUUGACUUCGGGCAAGAUCGUCAGUGCUUAUAUCCCUGGCGAGGGCCAUAAUGUCCAGCAGCAUAGUGUUGUCCUUGUGAGAGGUGGUAGAGCGCAGGAUUGUCCCGGUGUGGGUUAUCAUCUUGUCAGAGGGCAUUUGGACGUGGUAAGUUUCUUUCUCGUGCUUCUAGCUCUCCUCUCUUUUGACGUCCGCAAUGCUGGUCAUCACGGAGAGUUCUUCGACAACGAAGAUACUUCUUUACUGCACAACUCCUCUGAAACCCCUUAUGCUGACGAUUACUUUCUCAAGGCUGGUGUACACAAUCGCGCGACAAGCCGAUCCAAAUACGGCACGAAGAAGACGAAGGUGGCAUCGCGUGGCUUGGGUAACUAA